ACGGGACUACGUUACCCAUGAGGCGCCGGGGCCGCCGCCGGAAGCGCGGUGCCGCCGCAGGGGGUUGUGGGUGGCGGCCUUCUUCCUUUCCGGCGUUGGGCGCCAUCGGUCCCGGUAACCAAACAUGGGUGCCUACAAGUACAUCCAGGAGUUGUGGAGGAAGAAGCAGUCAGAUGUGAUGCGUUUCCUCCUCCGUGUCCGCUGCUGGCAGUACCGCCAGCUGUCGGCUUUGCAUCGCGCUCCCCGGCCAACCAGGCCAGACAAAGCUCGCAGGCUGGGAUAUAAGGCCAAGCAAGGUUAUGUUAUCUACCGUGUCCGUGUUCGCCGUGGUGGUCGUAAGCGCCCUGUCCCAAAAGGUGCAACCUAUGGGAAGCCUGUGCAUCAUGGUGUCAACCAGCUGAAGUUUGCCCGCAGCCUUCAGUCUGUAGCAGAGGAGCGUGCUGGCCGUCACUGUGGGGCUCUGAGAGUCUUGAACUCCUACUGGGUGGGUGAAGAUUCCACUUACAAGUUUUUUGAGGUGAUCCUGAUCGAUCCCUUCCACAAGGCCAUCCGGCGCAACCCCGAUACCCAAUGGAUCACCAAGCCCGUUCACAAGCACAGAGAGAUGCGUGGGCUGACGUCAGCCGGGAGGAAGAGCCGCGGUCUUGGCAAGGGCCACAAAUUCCAUCACACCAUUGGUGGCUCACGUCGUGCCGCCUGGAGAAGGCGUAAUACCCUGCAGCUGCACCGCUACCGCUAAUUCUUGUAAACACAACGGUCUAAUAAAGCUGAUGUGGGUUGUCAAAUUGAA